AAUUUAUUAUUUUGGAAAGUUGAAAUGAUUCCAUCGUCUUCUCCUGUUGUAUCUUUUCCUUUGCCUAAUCUUCGGAUCGAAUGCUUCAGUUGGAACCCUAACCCUAGCGAUCGAGCUCCUUGCCUCCUUGCGAGAUCUCUCUUACAAAGUCGGAUUUGUCCCCGUCCAUUUGCUUUGGCUCAACGGUCUCUCACUGUCCUUGCUCGAUUCCGCCGCGAAAGAUCGGAGAGAGUAAAUGCCGGAAGAAGAUCUGGUCGAGCUCAAGUUCCGGCUAUAUGAUGGGUCAGACAUCGGCCCUGUUCGCUACUCUUCUUCUUCGACUGUCGCCAUGCUCAAAGAAAGGAUAAUCUCCGAGUGGCCGCGAGACAAGAAAAUGGUACCAAAAGUUGCAAAUGAUGUCAAACUGAUAAAUGCUGGCAAAGUAUUAGAGAAUGGAACAACGAUUGGCCAGUGUCGAUCACCUUUUGGUGAGUUCUCAGAAGGAGUUAUUACGAUGCAUGUCAUUGUGCAACCUACAUUGACUAAAACAAAAACAGAAAAGAAGGUCGAAGAGUUGCCAAAGAUGACUUGCUCUUGCUCUUGCUCUAUAUUGUAGAGUGAUUGACUAGGCGAUUGUUCUCUCCGUCAGCGAGUGGGAUCUGCCAUGUUGUUUGAUGGCAGUAAGUGAAAAUCGGCUGACAUAUUGAGUUGUUUCAUUACCAGAGACGUCUUCCUGUUUGUGGUUUUACCGAAAUUCGUGUGCUGAGUUGGUGAUAUCCUUUGUUGAUAGUAUUGAAUCUGGUUCCUGGUAUGGGAAGAGAAUGCCUAGUAGCAGAGAAUACCUUCACUUAUGCACUACAAUUUUUUUAAACGUCUUGUAUAAUUAACAGUAAAGUUAUUGUCUUAUAAUUUAGAGGUCAUGAGUUUGAGUCAGAAAUAGUCUCACUCUUUUAGUCUGCAUAAUUUGUUUAUGUUAAUUGUAAAUUAAUAUGAUAAUAUUGAUGCUGUCUCAGUUGUACUGUCUAUCUAUCUAAAUAUCUAAAACAGAA